AUGUUAAGAUUAAAUAAAUCAAAUUGUAGAUCUACUUUAAAAUAUCUAUCUUGUAAUUUACACCUUAAGAAUGUAACUACAUCUACAUCAGAAUCAUUAUUUAAACAUUCAUAUAUAACAACAUAUAAUUCUCAUUUAGCAAAUAAUAAAAGAUUCUAUUCAACAGAUAAACUCAAGGAUCUGAUUUAUUAUAGAAAUGAAACAGAUGAACUUGAAGAUGAUGAAGAAGAAGUAGAGAUAAAGCUUGAUGAACUACAACAACAUCAACAACAUCAAGAAGAGGGUGAAACAAUUAAAUAUAAUAGAAUAGAUGAUAAGCAUUUGGAACACCUUGAUUUCGAUCAUAUCGAUAAUGAAAGUGAUAUACUCUCUGCAGAGGCCGAACAUUAUAAUAAUCAGAUGUCAUCACAAUCGAUUGAUGAUACUCAAGCUAAACAAAAACAGCUUUUAGAUUCCUAUAGAGAUACUAUUGCAAAUGACGAUAGUGAUCAAUCUGCUUCCCCAUCCGACAAAAAGAUAGAAUCAAUAUUGGCAGUCGAGAACUUUCGUACUAGGAUCAAAUUGCUGCUGGUCAAUGGUCAUUUCGAUGUGGUGAUGGAUGCAUUCAAUCAGUCGUUGAAUGUACAUCCCGAUCACAGAGGUGAUGUCUAUCAUCUGAUAGAGUUGGUCGUUAAGUAUCUCAUUCUCAACAAUCAAUAUUCAAAAGCAGAGAGAUUCCUCAGUGACUCUGUUACUUUACACCCUGCAUUCCUAGAGUCUGACAACAUCCUAGUGAUUCUACGUGAUCUCCGUUACUUUGAUCCACAAUCCAACUUUAUUCAUUCGAUUCUCAACACUCACGUAGUGAUCUCACAGGAACAGCUAUUUAAACUUAUCAACAUCUAUCUUUCAAUAUCAGAAACAUCGGUUAUCAAUCAGCUGAUGUCGCGUAUUCACCAGCCAAAUGACACAUCGCCACAAGUGAUCUACGAGCGACUACUAUUUGAAACAUGGUGUUCAACACGAACAUAUGGCCAAGUCACUGAUCUACUCGUAAGAUAUCACAAGAAACAUCCGAUCGGAAACACCACAACCAUGCAUUCUCUGGAAGUCAGUCCAACUCGAUUCUGGCAAUAUCAAUCAAAGAUGAUUCAAUUCUCAGAGGAACAUUUGGCAGAACAGAAACAGCUCAACAAUGAAAAACAGUUACCACCCUUGACUCUACUAGGUGAAAUCCAUCAGCUGGAAUCAGGUGCCACCGAAUUGUAUCUCCAUGGAAUGUUACCAAAACAAUGGAUGUACAAGAAAGAGGAACAAGCUCGACUUGCCAAUAUCGUAAAGACUAACAGUAUGAAGCUAUUCACAGACUGGUUGAUAGCAGGUGGUCACCAAUCAGUUUCAUUGAUUGAAUUGGUCGAUGCAACCUGUCGACUUGUUCAACACAAAGAUGCAAUCUCACAUCUACCAAAUAUUGUCAAACAUCUCCCACAUUCAUUGAGAUGUAUAUUUAUCAACUCUUGUCUAUUUAAACAAUUUGCUCGGCUCGAUAUGAACGCUGCAAUCUCAAUGAUACAAGAAGAACCAGAUAAGAUAAUCUAUCAAAACGAUCUGUUCAAUUCAAUUAUUAUCGAAGAGUUGUUGGAGCGAAAAGAUUUGGAAAUGGCAACACAGAUCAUGUCGAAUCCAAACUGUAGAAUAUUGCCAUCGUCAAUCAGUCGUCUUUGUCAGGUGUUUAUUGACAACUCGAUUUGUCCCUACGGAUUGAUUAGAAGACUGCGACAUAGCAAUCCAGAUAUGAUUACAUUAUAUAACGUCGAGUUGAAUUAUCUUUUGGAGAACAAUCAACUUUCUGAGGCACAGGAACUCUAUCGUACAAUGCGACGUGACACUCAGACCUAUCAGAUUGGUAUCAAACUCUAUGCCAAGCUGUAUCCAGAUGUAGUGAACAACUAUGGACUUUGGAAACCAUUCAUGAAGAUGUGGGAAUCUGACGUCAAACAUACUCUCUACAAUACGAUAUUCAAGUUGUUGGAUCCCAAUGGAACAGGUGAGAAUAUUGGUUUCAUUGCAAAGGUAAUCGAUGCCGACCAACAGUAUUUCACUCCAUCCAGGAAAAACCAUGAUGAGUAUGGUGUGAAGAGUUCAUUUGUUCAACAGUAUAUGGUACUCAGUUGUAGAAACCAACAUAAAAAGAAGGUGGAGAUGUUCUUGGAUAUGAACACUAAAUUCUCUAGAUUGGUACUCAAAUCAGUUUCAGACUCGAAUCUGAUUGUCAAAAAUAAAAGAGCUGACAAAAAGAUUCAACAGAAACUAUCGACAGCAACGCAAGAGAAUAUCAUCCUGAAGAUCAAGCUUCGAGAGCCUGCCAAACCUCUGCAACCCGAGAGGACCAAUUUCCUUGUGAAGCACUACCUUUUGCCUUUGUUGGAAGAGAACGAAUCGGCCAUAAAGCAAAUAAACAGCGAGAGAAAGAGUCGUGUGAAGCAUGAAAUCAAACAACGUCCAUGGAAGUAUAAAUUGACAAAACUACCAAUGUUACCAGGUGCUACCAAUCCUUUCGUGUUCAGAAUCGAUUCAAAGGUACUGAAAAAUCUCACCAAAGAAUCAAAACCAAAAUCAGAAAUAAAUUAA